AUGCAGGCAACGCAGCAUGUACAAGUCGUGCCCUAUCUUAAUCAGCUGCCUUCCCCUCCUCAACAUCAUCGACCGGGGCUAGUUCCCUUUGCAUGGGGUGCAGGAAACUUUGGUCAGCUAGGAAUGGGUGCUGAUGCUCUCGGUGAUUUUUCCAAACCCAAGAAAAAUGCUUGGGCAAUCAAACAGAUGGAAAAUGAUGUGUUCGGUGAUGACAAUGGUGGGAUUGAAUCUGUCGUGGCCGGUGGCAUUCCGGACCGUGAAAAUCCCGGUUCCUUCUUGAGCGUUGACGAUCUAAGCGCCGUGCCUCAUCCCUUGCAGUCACUGGUUGACGAGGGUUUCCGUGCUGUUAAGGCUGCUUCUGGUGAUAAUAUUUGCGCCGCAGUCAGCGACAAAGGUGAAUUACGAGUGUGGGGCUCAUUCCGAGCCAAUGAAGGAUCUCUCGGUUUCUCCAGCGGACUUCGACAUCAAUUUAAGCCUGUGCCCAUUCUAGAACUUAGCCGUAGACCUGGAGAUUUUGAGAGGGUCUCCUCAAUCGCUGCAGGAGAUAACCACCUGCUUGUGCUAACAACGCACAGACACAUCUACUCUUGGGGAGCUGGAGAGGACUAUGAACUAGGAAGAAGGGUCUUGGAGCGUCAUAAGAUUCAUGGCACAGUACCAGAGAAAGUCAUUCUUGGAACACAAACUCGCAAGGCUACUCUUGUCGGCGCUGGAAACUUUCAUUCUUUUGCUGUUGACGAGACAGGCGACGUCUGGGGAUGGGGACUGAACAGCAUGGGCCAAACGGGAACAGGCUAUGCUUCGUCAGAGGACUCUGUCGUGCAACUGCCCAAGAAGAUUCAGAGGCUGAGCAAACAAAUGCUUGGUAAUGACUCUGUGAUUCAAAUUGCCGGAGGUUACCACCAUACUCUAUUCCUACUGAAAUCAGGGAAGGUCUAUUCAUGUGGUCGUUCAGACAGUGGUCAACUUGUACUUCCUGCUGACCACCCGACUUUCAACGAUAGGACACAUCCUGACUUUGUUUCGGAACCUGUGCUGGUUUCUUUCCCAGAUCCUGGCGAUCCAGUCGUUCAGAUAUCAUGUGGUGUUCAUAACAACUCGGCUGUGACAAGAGGAGGAGCACUGUACUCGUGGGGACAGGGGAUUCAAGGAGAACUAGGUCUAGGAGAUAAGAAAGAAGCAGAAACACCACAACUUGUAGUGCGCAAAGACGGUGGCUCAUGGUUUGCUGCAGCCAUAUCAUGCGGCGGCCAACACUCGAUAGGACUUUUCCGGAGCAAGAAAUAA